GAUGAAGUCGUUGUUGCCACUGCUUCAUUACUGCAACCUGCUAUUAUUAUCACUGCUUGUCGUGGUGAUGAAGGUUUGGAGUCAUUAAAUGAGCUGUGAGAAGGCAGGCCUUUUAAUUGCUUGCUCGCUCCCUCGCUCGCUCGGCUUUAUCUUUUUGUUCCCUCCCGCUUUAAAAGCCAUCUCUUUCUCCCCUGUCGAACCAGCCUGUCCCGCGUACAAUGGCGGUACAGAACAAAGCAAGGAAAGUGAUGCUGCUUGGAGAAGCAGGCCUUCGGUUCUGAUGAGCGCUGGAGUCAGCGUCUACCGCCUGGUGGCUGUCGUGGCCGCUUGCCGUUCUUUCGGAGCCAAAUGAUUGAAGACGGCAGUGGGAUGUCCGAGGUACUUCGGUGAGCUUCGGGAGCAAGGAUCUAGUUCUGCACAAGGAAGCAGCGAUGGCGGCGGAGAAGCUCGCGCCGAAGGGCCAAGCUUGGUUUUGUACCACUGGGUUGCCGAGUGAUACCGUAGUCGAAGUGGACGGGAUGAGCUUCCAUCUCCAUAAGUUUCCUUUGAUGGCCAAGAGUGGGAGGCUUCAGCGGCUGAUAACGGAGUUGGAAGACCACCCUACCGACGCCCCAGGAAGAAGAGGAGAGCAGGGUGAGGUAAACGAGGACAAGGAGCCACGGGAGGACGAGGGAGUAGGAGAGAUCAAAGAAGUGGAGGCUUACCCACACAUCUCGCUUGCGGACUUCCCAGGCAAUUGCGAGGCGUUCGAGACGGCCGCCAAGUACUGCUACGGCGUCAAGAUCGAUCUCAACGCUUGGAACGUGGCUCCCCUUCGCUGCGUGGCGGAAUACCUCGAAAUGACCGAGGAAUUCGGCGAGGACAACCUCGUCGCCCGCGCCGAGCGGUUCCUCGCCCGAUCCGUCCUCCCCAGCAUCAAGCAGUCCAUCAAGACCCUCAAGUCCUGCGAGGACCUGCUGCCGCUCGCUGACGACCUCGGUAUCGCCCAGCGGUGCGUCGACGCGAUCGCUGCCGGCGCGUCCGCCUCCGACCCGGACUCCCUCUUCGGCUGGCCGGUCAACGAAGGCCGCGGCGGCGGCAGCAGCGAGCAGAUCCUCUGGAACGGGAUCGAGACAGGACUGCUCCGCCGGAGGACCGGCGUCCGCUCCUCCUCGUUUGCUGCCGCUGCCGCUGCCACUGCCGCCGGUUCUUGGCUCGAGGACCUCGCGAUCCUGAGCCUCCCGAUGUACAAGCGCGUGAUCGCCGCCCUCAAAGCCCGGGAACUGAGCUCCGACACCAUCGAGGGAUCCCUCAUGUCCUACGCCCGGCAGUCCAUCCCGGGCCUCUCCCGGUCCCGGCGGAAGCAUUCCUCGGCGCCCAUAGCGUCAGAGCCGGAGCAGCGGGAGCUCCUGGAGACGGUGAUCACGAAUCUCCCUCUGGAGAAGAGCUCCGUGGCUUCCGCGGCCUCAGCUACCGCCACCACCAAGUUUCUUUUCGGCCUCUUGCGGACUGCCCACAUCCUCCACGCCUCGGAGGCCGCGCGGGCCGCCCUGGAGCGCAAGAUCGCGUUCCAGGUGGAGCGGGCGACGCUGGACGAUCUCCUGAUCCCGAGCUACUCGUACCUCUCCGAGACGCUCUACGACGUUGACUGCGUCGAGCGGAUCGUCGCCCACUACCUCGACAGCCUGGAAGCGGAGCGAGCGGCACUGGCAGCGGAGGGGGAGGUGGUGGGAGGGGCCGCGAGGACGCCGUCACGCGCAGGUUCGCUGAAGCUGGUGGGGAAGCUGGUGGACGGGUACCUGGCGGAGAUCUCGUCCGACGCGAAUCUUAAGGUAGACAAGUUCUAUGGCUUGGCGGUGGCACUCCCGGACGACGCCCGCGUCUACCACGACGGCCUCUAUCGAGCCGUCGACAUCUAUCUCAAGGCGCACCCGCGAAUGACGGAGGAGGAGAAGGAGACGGUGUGCGGGGUGAUGGACUGCCGGAAGCUGACGCUGGAGGCGUGCACGCACGCGGCGCAGAACGAACGGCUGCCGCUGCGGGCGGUGGUGCAGGUGCUCUUCUUCGAGCAGCUGCAGCUGCGGCGGGUUAUAACAGGGACCCUGCUGGCGGCGGACGGGGAGGCGGCAGCCCCCGCCGCGGGUGGCGACGGGGGCGGCGCGUGGCGGGCGACCAUGCGGGAGAACCAGGUGCUGCGGCUGGACAUGGACAGCAUGCGGAGUAGGGUGCAGGAGCUGGAGCGGGAGUGUUCCAGCAUGAAGAAGACCUUGGCGAAGCUGGACGAAGGCGGCGAGGGUGGCGGGGAGGCAGGGGAGGAGGAAGGCGAGCCGCGGCGGAGGAAGGAGAGGAGGUUCGGGUGCCGGUUUAGCACGCAGGUGUGCGACUCGCACGAGCGCAAUGUGGUGGAGUCGAGGCGUGUCGGGCGUGAACUGAGCCCGUAGCCUUCGAUCGAACACCAAAAGCCUUGGGUUUCUCUUCCCUCGUGCACACAGCAAUCAACAUCGAUGGUUCUGUGCUCUCAGUGGCACGGCGGAGACAAACCGUGUUCGUUCAACAAAUGUGCUAUUCUGUAGAUCUGCGCUUUUGCUUUACCGAACACUCCUUUUGAUGGAACGGAGCAAAAGCAGGGAAGCACCAGAGUGCAGUUGAUCUGUAUGCAACACAAACAAUUAAUCA